CCAAGCCUCCUUCCUGACCUCCUCCUCUCCUGCCCCAGGUGGGGAAAGGAUGCUGCGCGGCCCUGAAGGCCAUGGGAUCCAUCGUGUACGUGACUGAGAUCGACCCCAUCUGUGCUCUUCAGGCCUGCAUGGAUGGCUUCCGUCUCGUGAAACUCAACGAAGUGAAUCGGCAAGUCGACAUCGUUAUCACCUGCACAGGUAACAAAAAUGUCGUGACGAGAGAACAUCUGGAUCGGAUGAAGAAUGGUUGCAUUGUGUGCAACAUGGGACAUUCCAACACAGAAAUCGAUGUGGCUAGCUUGCGUACCCCCGAGCUGACUUGGGAGCGGGUGAGGUCACAGGUUGACCACGUCAUCUGGCCGGAUGGGAAGAGAAUCGUCUUGCUGGCGGAAGGUCGCCUCUUGAACCUCAGCUGUUCCACAGUGCCAACCUUUGUGCUGUCCAUCACAGCCACCACUCAGGCGCUGGCCUUGAUAGAGCUGUACAACGCCCCCGAGGGCCGUUACAAGCAGGACGUGUACCUCCUGCCGAAGAAAAUGGGUAAGUGGAGAGGUGGGCAUGGGUCUCCCCCUUCCUCUCGGAAGGCACCCCAUCUCUGUCCUCUGCUGGCCGAAGAACAUAGAAUAAUCAUAGAGUUGGAAGGGACCUUGGAGGUCUUCUAGUCCAACC